AUGAAGUCCUCCGAUAUCGAUCAGGAUUUAUUUACAGACAGUUACUGCAAGGUGUGCAGCGCGCAACUGAUCUCGGAGUCUCAGCGCGUGGCCCACUAUGAGAGCCGAAAACAUGCCAGCAAAGUCCGACUGUACUACAUGCUUCACCCCAGGGAUGGGGGCUGUCCUGCCAAGCGGCUCCGCUCGGAGAACGGAAGUGACGCCGAUCUGGUGGAUAAAAACAAAUGCUGCACUCUCUGUAACAUGUCCUUUACCUCUGCGGUGGUGGCCGACUCGCAUUAUCAAGGCAAAAUCCACGCCAAAAGGUUAAAACUGUUGCUAGGAGAGAAAACCCCAUUAAAGACCACAGGUCUGAGGCGCAAUUACAGAUGUACCAUCUGCAGUGUCUCUCUAAACUCCAUAGAGCAGUACCAUGCCCAUCUGAAGGGGUCCAAGCAUCAGACCAACCUGAAGAACAAAUAGUGAAAACAUCAAUCAAGAGAUAAGACGGGAAUGCCAGCAUUCUCUGCCAUGGAGAAUUGCUCAUCAACCACCGGAGGAGGAUUCUUUCUGGAACAAUGAACAUUUCUUACCAGGAUUCCCAGAUAAACAUAACGGAUCUUGAUUUUUGGAAAGUGAAAUUUGGUUUCUUUUCCUUCUUCUUCUUUUUAUUUAUUUAUUUAUUUAUUUGGAAU